CUCAGAGCGAUGGGACGAGUUUUCUAAGAGGGUUCAAUUUCACGUGGGUAUCUUAGACGUUUGUGGUGUUCAAUUCUUCAUGAUGUUCGGUCGUCUAUGAAGAUUCAUUUAUACUUCUCGGAUUUAAGGCAAAAUUGUUCUGUUCGCAGAUCUCGAAGAGAUCGGGCCUGCGAAUGAAGCCGAUGCAACAGAACGCUUUAGCUGUCGCCGUCGCCGCUGCAGACCGCGAUCACCCGAGCAUCUGCAUGAAGCCCCGGUGGCUGUCUCCCCUUCCUACCAUUGCCGUCCCGGUCCAGCCUUUGCUACGGCUUCCGAGCAAUCACUUGGAUCUGUUGGAUCGUUGCGAUCCGGAAGCUGGAGCAGGGUUUCCCGGUAUCCUUAUUCCAAAGGGUGGAGGAACAGAGGAUUCAGUGCUUUCAUCUCCCUCGUUGUUCUGCGGCUAUCCACCGAACCGUGUGGCGAAUCCCGUGGUUUUCGACUCCCGAUUCGGACGAGAUCGGCCGCCAGGACCUGUCGGUCAUUUCCCGGCGAUCCAUUCCAGCCUGAACUCGCCUAUUCUGUGCCUCUGACAAGUUCAGCUACGAGCCUGCGAUGGUGCGUGUCGAGGGUUUUGAUUGCCUCAACCGCGACGGGCAGCGCUGCAACAGCAUCACUGCGGUGGCUUAGACGACGACGACCCUGUAAAUGUAUAGAUUCCAAUCGCUAACAUCAACUACUACAUUCUAAGAAACAGAUUCAAAGUUCAAGAACUAAGCGAGAGAACAGAAUCUUCAAGCAAUAUCUUUUUUCAUGUAUAAUCUCUAACUUGCCCUUAAAAAAAAAAAAAGAUUCCAAUG